CAAGUUUUGUUUUAUGUCCAUAGUUCUGCCUUUGUGCGAGUUUUUGUUUAUACCCUUUGUUUUUGUAGUACUAUUGAGUGUUAAAAUUAAAAGAUGUCAUUACCUUCGCAUCUCGGGAAAACAAUCCACACCAUAGUCCUAGUCUUCACACCAAUAAUGACAUUUUUUGUGGUGCCCUUUAUUUAGAAAAGUACCGAAAUACUUUUGGUGCCGAUACCGGUACCAACAUAUUGGUAUCGGGACAACACUAAUACACACCGAGCACCCACUGGCAGAAACGUAACUUGGCACCUAUGGUUUGAAUGACACCAAUAAAACCCUUUGUGAGUUUGUGCGUUUCAGGUUUGCUCCACUUCAGGUCCCUACUAUCUUCCGUCAAAUGUUCUGACAGUAAGACAAGUUUUAUUUGUGUUGUUGUGUCAUUUCGUGUGUCGGUGGGUUGCUAUCCAGCGCCCUAAUCCGAAAAUUGACGUGACACACAUUGUCUUGAAACCAGACUAUAGGGCCGGGCCUCGCAAACACAAUUCUUUUUGACUUCUUGGUUGCCAGGAAACGUGUAUGGGUCUUUGGCAAGUAGGACUAAUAAAAGAACAGAAUUGUGUGUGUGUGUGUGUGUGUGGCAAUGUCUGGCCCUUCAGGGCAGUUUGUUAACCCUCUGUGGAUGUGUGUGUUUGUGUGCAGCAUACUAGCUUGUUGUUUCUUGUGUUCAAAGCUGCCAGUCUACAUGCAGGAUGGAAGACGCCAUGAAGGCCACCGUUGAGGAGCUCUCAUGCAUUUGAGAAAGCACCGUGUCUUCCCGACCAACAUCAGAGACGACUCGCUGGCCUUCCAAACUUGUGCGACUACGUGGAGACGUCGGAUUUCUUGGCCCUAACGAGCGCCCCGUGAUUGGUCUUCAGUGCAGACGUCGCACGUCGGUAUGCCGGCGACUGAUUGACGGCUCUGCAGCGUCGCCAUGGGAACCAGGAUGGAGGUGACACGGCUUGAGAGCAGGAUGAACACUGCAGACUACGAGAAGCUGCGUAGUCUUUUCCCGGACUCCUCGGGGGUGCCCGGCUCCUUGUCCAGAAGCGAAUUCAUCCACCUGGCCUCCACGUUGCUCUCCUGCGGCUCUGAAGAGGAGUACGGCUUCCUGUUUGACAGUGUGGUUGUCAGCCGGGCGCAACGUGGGCUGCUCCUCGACAGCGAGGCUGCUAAGGAAGAAGGCCGCGUGGACUGGGGAGGACUGUGCUCUUUUCUUCAGCACCAGCUGUCUGAAAAACUCAAGCACAGCACGAGGAGAAACGUACCUCGCUGGAAGCCUCCUCGUUCUCUGGCCUGCCCCCACCGAGACCCCGUGCAGAAGGUGCUGUACCUCGAGAGUUGGGGUCAGUACGUAACGGUGAGUCGAGGAGGAGCCGUGGGUCUUCGUGACAGCGCUGACAUGUCGCUACGGACUACCCAGCGACUGCAAAACAGUACGGUCCGGCCCCAGGACCUGUGGGUGACAGAUGUGGUGCUUCUGCACAAUUUACACAAGAUUGCUGUGUCGUUCACAAGCAAGGAAGUGUGUUUUUAUGACAUACUGUCUAAAAUGGACUUCAGCUGCACGUACAAACUCCAGGGGAUGAAAUUUACUCCAUGGUGUCUGGACUACUGGACUAAUACUUCCAACCCAGAUCAUGCUGUCCUCACUAUAGGUGACAUCGGUGGACAGGUCAGCGCUUUAUUUUUCACUUCAGCUCAGAUUUCUUUGUUUGAGCGACGAGGUCGAUGCACAGACUCCGAUUCUGUGGCCGUGGUUCAAUGGGACGAUGUGGUCAAAGGGAAACAUCGCUGCUGUUACGUCAUCAAACAUCACGGACAUGAGCCGGCCUGGGUGAGGAAAGUCCUUUACCUGGAUUCCCUGGAGGCAUUGGUGUCAUGCAGCACCAGGCCACAGAGCAGCAUGGUGAUUGGCUGGAGGGAGAAGGGGCGCAGGCGUCUCCGAGUCUCUUCUUUCCGCACAAAGAGAGGCGUGUGGGACCUGGACUAUCACCGUGAGCUUAAGAUGAUUGCCACAGCAGGUGCAGACCACCAGGUCCUGCUGUGGAACGCUUACGAGACCUCCCAGCCGGUGUACAGACUCACUGGCCACGUGGCCCCGGUUACGGCCGUCCGCUUCAUGCAGAAGAAACAACAACUCCUCAGCUUCUCAAGAGAUAAGGUUCUGUGUUUAUGGGAUAUUUCCAGUCAGCUGUGUGUUCACAGUCUGGACGGCGUUUUCCCGGCGACGCAGGAGAGCGCACAAACUUCUCUGCUCCUGUUCGAAGGACGCCAGCACCUGCUGCUCACCUUCAAUAGCCUGCUCGUCUUGUUGGAGACCGUGAAAGAGGAGACCAGGACCUGCAGCCACGAGCAUCCUGUCACCUGUGUGCUCUACAACAACAUUUUCAGACAGGUAAUAAGCAGCGACGCCGGCUCCUCUGUGAUCUGCUGGCUGGCUGACACCGGCCAAAAGGUUAAACAAAUCCACCGUUGCCAUGGCAAUGCCGGGAUUUCCACCAUGGCUUUGGACGGCACGCAGACCAGGCUGUUCACGGCGGGCACGGAUGGAGAGGUUAAAGUGUGGGACUUCAGUGGCCGCUGCCUCCAUAGAAUGAAUGCUGGUCUGGGCAAGGCUGUGGUCAUCUCACACAUCCUGUUGCUGAGGACCAGCAUCCUGGUGAUGGGCUGGGAGAGGACGUUGACAGUAUUCCGCCUUCAUUCUUUCUGCAAGUCAGAAGUUGAGCCGUCAGUGUGGAAGGGUGGCGUUAUUCAUCGCACAGCAGUGCUCUGUGCGGCAUUCAAUGCGCCGCAGACUCUGGUUACAGGAAGUCGCGAUGGAGAGAUUAUAGUGUGGAACGACAACACCGAAAAAGCUUUAAGAACCCUGCGGCCGCCAGCUCAGCAUGAAGAAUUCAGAAAGGAGAAUUCCCUCGAUGCCGUCACCUGCUUGAAGUUUUUGCAAGAUCGUACGUCAGCACAAAUAGCAACUGGUAGUGCAGACUUGGUGUCAUGUGGCAGUUCUGGACUGGUCAGAUUCUGGAAUACAGUUAAUGGGCGUCUCCUGGCACAGUUCGAGGCUCACAACAGACAACCAGGCCCUGUUGUCAUCAUGACUGUCAGUCCCUGUGGAACAUUUCUAGUCACAGCAGAUCGAGACUGGAGCGGAAGCUCCAGGAGAAAGUCUUUGGAAACAGUCAGUCUGGCCAGUCAGUCUUUCUUUGACAUUAUUCCUCAGAUCAGUUUGAGUCAGGUGACCUCCCGCCCGUAUCCUCUACUCCUACCUGUGGGGGGUAGUGCAGACUUGGUGUCAUGUGGCAUUUCUGGACUGGUCAGAUUCUGGAAUACAGUUAGUGGGCGUCUCCUGGCACAGUUCGAGGCUCACAACAGACAACCAGGACCUAUUGUCAUGACUGUCAGUCCCUGUGGAACAUUUCUAGUCACAGCGGAUCGAGAGGGAACCAUCAGGACGUGGGACAUCAAGCGUUAUUCUUUAAAGUCCGACCAGGAAGUGACGACGAAGCCUCCUGAAUUGCUGCAGAGUUUCCGUCCGCACCAGAACGGCGUCACUCACCUGGAGACAUGUAUCCAUGGCGACCAGCUCCUCCUCCUGUCAGCAUCUUCUGACUGCAGCGUGGCCCUCAGCUGUCUGCCAGGAGACACAAUCGGCUUGUUUGGACAGCUGAACUGGCCUCUACUUCAUGAAGUCAUCAUUUACCGAGAGGACUGCUGGAGACUGAGGACAAAAUCCUGAAAACUCGGUACACUUUAUUUUUGCAUCAUAUCGUUCUGUAUCGUAUUUCAUUGAAUUACACUUUACUGAAUGAAAUAUGACAUUUUCUUGUCAGUCUACAUGGGCUCAGUGUAGAAACAUACUGCCCCACUCAUCUCAUCUCAUUUGGUUGUCGGUCACUAUAGAGCAUCCUUUCCAUGCUGAGCUCAAGUACGCACAUACUUUGUGGACGCCAUCUGCUCUUCAUUUUUUGUGAGUGUUUUUGCUGUGUUCCAGCAUUUCGUUUUGUUUCCUUCAUGGUCUGUCCAAUCGGAGCACUGCCUUGUUGCUCUCACUUUUUGUUUGUUUAUCAUUAAAUAACCCUUUUUUACUGCACACUUUAUCCUCAUUCGUCUGCAUUUCAAAUUAUUACAACCUAUGUUGUAAUAAUCCUAUAUAAUAUUGUAUAAUUCUGAGUCUGAUUCUGAUUCUAUACAUAAUGAGCAUGAUUUAUAUCAUCUACCUGAACUGUGAAGGGCGGUUGAAACACAAACCACACAGGUCCACGUAGGUUUCAGGAACUUCAAGUUCCUAAAUUUGUUUGAGUUUCUUUGGUCAUUUUCCUGGGUGUAGUUUUAGUAGUCUUGCACUCUUAUUUUGAGGUUUUUCACCUCCUGUUUUCCCCUUUCUUGCAGAAGCUUUACAUCUGCCUUUGAGCACCUUUUCUCCUCUUGUCUGUUUUUACCAUGAAUUGAUUAACGCGGACCCCGACUUAAACAAGUUGAAAAACUUAUUCGGGUGUUACCAUUUAGUGGUCAG